CCGCAGCCUUACUCUUCUCAGAGUACAUUUGCUUGGCCAUCAUGUCCUUUCCCUGGUCGUACUCUGUUCUGGGAUUGGUGCCCGGCUUGAUCUUGACUGUCGUUGUAGCCGCCAUGGUCUUGUACACCUCCUUGAUCAUCUGGGAAUGGUGCCUCCGUCACCCCGAGGUGCGCGACGUCUGCGACCUAGGCCAGAUGAUCUUGUGGAACAAGCGCUGGGGCUUCUGGUUCACCGCCGUCAUGUUUCUGCUCAACAACACCUUCAUCCAAGGUCUGCACUGCCUGGUCGGCGCAAAGUAUCUCAACACCAUGUCCAACCACAGCCUGUGCACAGUCUCCUUCUCGGCCAUCGUCGCCAUCGUCUCGUGGCUGUGCUCGCUUCCCAGGACCUUCCACUCGCUCUCCAGGGUUGCCGCUGCCAGCGCUUUCUUCACCUUCAUCUCCGUCUUGCUAGCCACCAUCUUUGCCGCCGUCGAGGACCAUCCAAAGGGUUUUCCAGCCAAGGGGCCCAAGCAGGUGCACACCAUCCCGGCCCCAGGCACGACCUUUGUCGCCGGCAUGAGCGCCUUCUUGAACAUCAGCUACACCUUCAUCGGACAAAUCACGCUGCCGAGCUUCAUCGCCGAGAUGAGGGACCCGCGCGACUUCCCCAAGGCCCUCUGGGCCGUCACCAUUGCCGAGAUCUUCGUCUUCAGCAUCGUGGGCGCCGUCAUCUACGCAUACACGGGCAACAACUACAUGACGGCCCCGGCUUUCGGUUCGCUCGGCGACGAAGUCUACCUCAAGGUUUCCUUCUCCUUCAUGAUCCCGACGAUCCUCUUCCUGGGCGUCCUGUACGCAUCCGUCUCUUCUCGCUUCAUCUUCACGCGCCUAUUCGUGGAAGGCUCCAAGCACAAGACGGACCACACCAUCAAGGGAUGGGUGACGUGGGCGGCCAUCCUGGCCGUCACGUGGGCGGCUGCGUUCAUCAUCGCCGAGGUGAUUCCCUUCUUCUCCGACCUGCUGUCCCUCAUGAGCUCGCUCUUCGACUCCUUCUUCGGCUUCAUCUUCUGGGGCAUCGCCUACAUGCGCAUGCGCAAGGUGGAUUACGGUAAUGGGUUCUGGAAGAAGAGGGGCCUGAGGGGUUGGAUUGGGAUCGCGGUGAAUGUCGUGUUGAUCUUGACGGGGUUGCUGUUUUUGGGGCCGGGAACUUAUGCGACGGUGCAGUCCAUCAUCGAUGGAUACAAGCAGGAUAGCUUUGGGGGCGCCUUCACAUGCGCCGAUAACGGUCUUUGAAGGGGUGAUUCUCUUUUCAUUGAAACGUGUCUUUGGGUUGGACAUGGUCAAUUUUCUCC